GGGCUGACUCUCCUCAGCAAAAAAUGAAAGGAAUGUGAUGUGAUGUGAGGAUAGCAUUUGUUACAGCCAACCCACAGCUUUUCCUGAUUCAGCAUGUUAAAAAAUAAGGCUCAUUCAUUUAAAAAGGAUAACUUAGCAAUCACUGCAGUGGCCUUACAAGAUCACAUUUUACAUGAUCUUCAACUUGGAAAUCUGUCGGUUGCAGAUUAUUCUAAGACAAAUGUACCAAGGAAAGAGAUCAGGUCAAAAUCUCUAAAAAGGGAUGCAAAAGCAGUGAUAGACAGUGGACUUAAAAAAUCUGCACAGAGCCCCAAAGCAGAAGAUCCAGAGAAAGAGUAUGUUCUUGAUCCCACACCACCACCGUUAACCUUAGCUCAGAAACUGGGCCUCUUGGCGCCUCCCCCAUUGCCACUGUCAUCAGAUGAAUGGGAUAAAGUGAAGCAGAGAUCGGUGCUGCACGGGGACUCCCUGCAGCCAUGCCCGAUAUGUAAGGAGGAAUUCGAGCUCCGACCACAGGUGCUGCUGUCCUGCUCUCACGUCUUCCACAAGGCAUGCCUUCAGGCUUUUGAAAAAUUCACAAAUAAAAAAACCUGUCCUCUCUGUAGAAAGAACCAAUAUCAAACCAGAGUGAUACAUGAUGGGGCCCACCUGUUCAAAGUAAAGUGUGCCACAAGAAUUCAAGCCUACUGGAGAGGGCACGUUGUCAGGAAGUGGUACAGAAAUCUGAGGAGAAUGGUGCCUCCCACAGACGCCAAGUUAAGGAAGAAGUUCUGGGAAGAAAAGUUCACGGAAGUCAGUCACCGCAUAUUGUGCUCAUACGACACUGACCUAGAGGAGCUCUUUUCAGAAGUCGAUCACUGCUUGGCCAUAAACCGAAGCAUUCUUCAGCAGUUGGAUGAGAAGUGUGGCCGUGACAUCACAGAUGAGGACUGGGAGAAAAUCCAAGUGCAGGCCACUCACCGGGAGAUCUACGAGUGCUCCAUCUGCCUCACCCCGCUCUCACUCCAUGGAGACUGCCGGCCACCGGCCACAGGGAGCAGCAGCAGCCAGCGUCCCCGGGCGACGGUCCUCCUGUCCUGCACACAUCUGUUCCACCACACCUGCCUCCUGGCCUUGGAGGAGUUCUCCUUAGGAGACAGCUCUCCCUUCCACCUCUGUCCUCUCUGCCGCUCCUGCUACCAAAAGAAAAUUCUUGAAUGUUGAACUCAUGUUUUGGAAAAGUCAUUUAAUUCUGAGGGGGAAGGAAAGCUUAUCCUAAUUUUGGAUGAACUGUGAGUUCUAACUACACUUAGUACUAACGACAGUAUAGCUCCUCUGCAGUAACAUAACCUUGGUGACAAUAUACAGGCAAUAUAACCAUAUUUUAAAAGCUGACACCCAACCUGUCUAUUUUUAGUCUUUAUAAGAAACAAAUCUCACAUUCAUGAGUUAAUCACUUGAAGUAAAUGAGAAAUAGUGUUGCAUAAACAACAGUGUCCGACCAGCAGGAAGGAAACUGGACAUCAAGGUCCAGAUGCAUUCAUAACACAAGUCCUACAACCUUACUUCUAUGCAAUAGAUUAUUGAGGGGAAUGGAUUAUGAGAAGCCUAUAAGAACUGGACCUAAGCACAGCUGUACUCAAUGUUCUGCAGGCCAAGAUUGGCACAGCCCCAGCUGCAGAAGAAGAAAAUGCAUAACAGCUGCUUUUCCUAAGUUGUUCAUGUUCAGAGAGGUAGAUUGCAGGUUCUUGUGACAAUGUCACGCCCCUCCCCAAGAUCUGCUGCUCCACCUUGUUUACCACUGGGUAUGAAAGACUCACUGAAGGAGGACACAAGGCUUUUGGCUUUUUGAUAGGGAAGGCUUUUGGAUGUGGGAGGCUUUUUGGAUGAAGGAGGGUCAUUGGAUGCAAUGAGGCUUCUGGAAAAAGAUGGGCUUUUUCAUGGGGGGUUUUUGGCUGAAGGAAAUUGCUGGAGGGAGAUUGCUGAAGGGAUAAAAUGGAUUGCUAAAGGGAGAAUUGCUGAAAGGAAAAGGAUUGCUGAAGGAGAACUGCUAAAGAGGGGUUGAUAGAAAGUCUGCACCA